AUGGCCGCAGACAACACCAUGGAGAUCUCCUCCAUCCUCCAGGGAGGCUACCAGCACCCGCUCUCCCGCUCAUGGCAGGCCCGUCGCCAUCUCACAAAGUCCAUGCUCAUGUAUCCCAUCUUCAUCACCGACGACCCCGACGCCAGCGUCGACAUCCCCUCCCUCCCGGGCCAGAGUCGCUGGGGCGUCAACCGCCUCGACGAAUUCCUCGGGCCCCUCGUCAAGAAGGGCCUCACUAGCGUGAUCCUCUUCGGCGUUCCCCUCAACUGUGUCAAGGACGAGCGCGGCACGCCCGCAGACGACCCCACCGGCCCCGUCAUCCUUGCCGUGCGCAAACUCCGCGCGCUCUUCCCGGAGCUCUACAUCGCCUGCGACGUCUGUCUCUGCGAGUACACCUCCCACGGUCACUGCGGGCUCUUCGCCGCGGAUGCCGACACGCCCGGCACGCUCGACCAGGGCCCCUCCGCCGCGCGCAUCGCCGAGGUCGCCCUCGCCUACGCGCGUGCGGGCGCGCACUGCGUCGCCCCCAGCGACAUGAUGGACGGCCGCAUCCGCGCCAUCAAGCGCGCGUUCAUCGACGCCGGGUUUGCCAACCGCUGCACGCUCAUGAGCUACGCCGCCAAGUUCGCGAGUGCCCUGUACGGUCCUUUCAGAGAUGCUGCGGGCAGCGCCCCUGCGUUCGGAAACCGCAAAUGCUACCAGCUCCCCCCGCAGGCCAAGGGCCUCGCCCGGCGCGCGAUCCAACGCGACGUCGCCGAGGGCGCCGACAUCAUCAUGGUCAAGCCUGCGCUGCCCUACCUCGACGUCAUCCAGGACGCCGCGCAGCUCGCGCCCGACCACCCGCUCGCGUGCUACCAGGUCAGCGGUGAGUACGCCAUGGUCGUCGCCGGUGCGCGCGCGGGCGUGUACGAUCUUCGUGUGAUGGCGUUCGAGACCGUCGAGAGCAUGGUCCGCGCAGGCUGCACGCUCAUCUUGACGUACUUCACGCCUCAAUUCCUGGACUGGCUCUCAGAGUGA